AAGCGCCAGCAGGGCGCCCGACGCCCGUCGCACCGGCGGCGAUGGGCAAUCGCGGAUCACCUCCCAGUUCGACUCGAUCGCCUACAGCAUCGCCAGCAUGAAUCAGGCGGUGUCGCAGAGCGCAACUGAACUGGCUGAACUUCGGGGGGCUGCUCAGGGAAGCUUCAAGCGAUGCGGGGAGCUCGCAGACCAGAUGAAGCUCCUCGCCCGUGACGUGCAAUCCAAGCACCAGCUGCUCGACACCGAGCUGAAGAAUGCCAUCUCGUCACAGGACGCGAAGAUGGCUGCCCUCCGCACAGAGCUCCUUGCUGCGAGCACGGGUGAUGCUGCCAUGACCUGUCCCGCGCUAGACGAGAAGUGCGAUGACAUCGAACGGCAACUGGCCGACCUGGCCGAACGGCAGCGCAUCUCCGAGGCGCGGAUCCUUGCCCGCGGCUUCGAUCUGUCGAAGAAGGUGGCGCUGCUGUUCGAGACGGCGCUCGGCGCCAGCACCUUCCUGGGCAAUUUCAUCAAA